UUCAAAAAAAAAAAAAAAGUUAUCGUUUCCCUCUCCGGUGGACCUAGCUACCCCCAGACCCGAUCUCCUUAUCUGUGACGGCGGCGUGACGUACCAGAUCAGCAACACUGCGGCUUGGCGUCACCACCCACGGCGGACAGUGGCGGCUGUGCGGGAGGACUGAAUACAAAGUUAUACGUGUGGAUCUACUUCAAUUCUUGAAGCAAUUCAUUCUUCUGUUCUUUCAUUUUCAUCUGUUGUUAAGAAGAUCAACUACUCUCUGGAUGAAUCUCAACAUUGAAAGCAUUGGAGAGAUGUAAUUUCGACUUUACUUCACAAAGAAUCAAAUAUGAAUCCCUGAAAUCCGCCCUGUCUAUAAUCUCUGAUUCCAUUUCGAUUACAACCCGUAGAUAUUAAGAACAUACUCGGGUGUUAGAACUGUUUCUAUAGCUUUAAAAUAGGGAAUGAGAUUGCCACAAACUCUGAAGAUAUGGAAAAUGGGGAUUGUCAGCUACAGAGAAGCCCUCCAUUUGCAAGAAAAACUUGUGUCUGCUAGAAAAGCUAGUGAAAUCCCAGACACCCUCUUAUCCCUGCAACAUCCACCCACAUACACACUUGGAAAAAGGCGCACGGAUCACAAUCUGUUAAUCCCCGAGUCGGAUCUAGAGAAGCUAGGAGCUGAACUUCACUACACUGAGAGAGGGGGAGACAUUACAUUUCAUGGUCCAAAUCAGGCCAUUUUGUACCCAAUAAUUUCCCUUAGAGAUAUUGGAAUUGGGGCUAGAAAGUAUGUGGAGAAACUGGAACAGACCAUGAUUGAGAUGGCUGGUCUGUAUGGAGUGAGAGCUAGAGCUGGGGAGAAGGGGGAAACGGGAGUUUGGGUUGGAAAUAGGAAGAUUGGAGCCAUUGGGGUUAGGAUUUCAAGUGGGAUUACUUCUCAUGGUCUUGCUUUCAAUGUGGAUCCUGAUCUGAGUUAUUUUAAGCAUAUUGUGCCUUGUGGGAUUGCUGAUAAAGAUGUGACAUCUUUGAGAAGGGAGACUGGGGAAGUUCUUCCCAGUGACGAGGUUGUGGAAGAACAGUUAAUUUCUUGUUUUGUUAAGUUAUUUGGUUAUAGUAGAUCAGUGGAGGAGAAUUCUUGUAUGUAACUUCAAUUUUUUUGUUUAGAAAUACUUCAAAUUGGUUCAUAACCAUAGCUUUCUUAAUGUCAUAUUAGAUUUUGGAUGAUUGUAUUCCAUUUGUCGUAAGGUCGAGGUUGAGUCUUCUAUGAUGUGACUAUCUUUUAAUAAUCGUUGGAUGUAGAUUUGAAAAUCUACCUGCCCCUCAUAGUCACGGGAUACAAA